AUGCAGUGUGACCGUCCCGGCGUCGUGAUGGUCGCGGCGCGCGCCUCCCCUUUCCUGCCGCCGAGGCCCGCCAUCUCGGGCCGCGCUGGCCAGCUGCAUGUCGGCUCUCCGCUCAUGCCACAGCACAGACCGGGGCGCUGCCCGCCUCCGCCGUCGGUCGCCGCCGUGGAGCCGUCAACCACUGACGACCAGGAGCUGGCGCGCCUGGCGGAGGAAUACGGCUACCUGAAGAUCGGCAAGGAGUUCCCCAAGGGCGUGACGCUGUCGGACAUCGUGAAGUCGUUGCCGCCGGAGGUCAUGGAGCUGGACCACGCCAAGUCGUGGCGGGCCGUGGGCCUGACGCUGUCCGCGGUGGCGGGAUCCUUGGGCCUGGUCGCCCUGGCGCCCUGGUACCUGCUGCCGUUCGCGUGGUUCUUGGCGGGGACGGCCGCCACGGGAAUGUUCGUGGUCGGGCACGACUGUGGGCACAGAUCUUUCCAUAGGAACAACCUGGUGGAGGACGUCGUGGGCACGGUCAUGAUGGCGCCCCUGAUCUACCCGUUCGAGCCCUGGAGGAUCAAGCACAACGCCCACCACGCUCACACCAACAAGCUCGAGGAGGACACGGCGUGGCACCCCAUUCGACCGGGCCAGUUUGAGAAGUCGUCGCCCGCGUGGCAGUGGAGCCUGCGGCUCAUGCUGGGAUCGCCCCUGAAGUGCUUCACUUCCAUCGCGCACUGGGCUAUGCUGCACUUCAACAUCAACCUCUACACCGAGAAACAGAGGCCCAGGGUGCUCGUCAGCUGGGCAGCGGUGGCGGCCUUCGUUGUCCUCGGCUUCCCUGCGAUCAUCGCCAACCUUGGUUGGGGGGGCUUUGUCAAGUUCUGGCUCAUGCCCUGGCUGGGUUACCAUUUCUGGAUGAGCACCUUUACGGUGGUGCACCACACGGCGCCCCACAUCCCCUUCAAGGAUGCCAAGGACUGGAACGCCGCCGAAGCCCAACUGGCCGGCUCCGUGCACUGCAACUACCCCGCGUGGGUGGACACCCUGACACAUGACAUCGCCUGGCACGUGCCGCACCACGUCUGCGCCAAGAUCCCGUGGUACAACCUCAGGGCGGCCACUGAGUCGCUGCGGGAGAACUGGGGGGUGUACAUGACCGAGGCCAACUUCAACUGGAGGAUGAUGAAGUCAAUCUUCACAGAGCUGCAUGUAUAUGACAAGGAGAAGAACUACAUCCCAAUUGACCACGCGAAGCCAGAGAAAUUCUUUACAGUGCAGAGGAAGAUAUUGCCGAACAGCAUGUGA